CACAGAGCGGGGUGGGGGUAGAGUGGCAGCGCGGCGUUGCCCUUCCCCGCCGGCGCCUCGCUGGUCGCUUCCGGGUUCGCCAUGGGCUCCGGCGGGCGCCUCCGUGGGGCGCUCGCGCUGGUGACAGGGGGGGGCGGGGGCAUCGGGCGCGCCGUGUGCGCGCGCCUGGCCCGCGAGGGGGCGCGCGUGGCCGUGGCCGAUCGCGCCGAGGGGGGGGCGGGGGACACGGCGCGGGGGCUGCGGCCCCUCCCCCCCACGGGCCCCCCCCACGCGGCCUUCGCCGUGGACGUGACCUCGGCCACCAGCGUCACCCGCCUGCUGGAGCAGGUCCAGGAGCACUUUGGGGACCCCCCCGGGGUCCUCGUGUCCUGCGCGGGGGUGACAAGGGACGAGUUCCUGCUGCGGCUGGGGGAGGGGCCCUGGCAGGAGGUGCUGGGGGUCAACCUGACGGGGACGUUUCUGGUGACACAAGCGGUGGCCCGAGCUCUGGUGGCCACGGGCGCCCCCGGCGGCUCCAUCAUCCACGUGGGCAGCGUGGUGGGCAAGGUGGGGAACCUGGGCCAGGUUCACUACGCGGCGUCCAAGGCCGGAGUGCAGGGACUGACCCGCAGCUGCGCCAAGGAGCUGGCCAGGUUCGGGAUCCGCUGCAACGUGGUGCUGCCCGGGUUCAUUGUCACCCCCAUGACCGACAAAGUGCCACCAAAAGUGCUGCAGAAGUUUGCAGGGAUGGUGCCGCUGGGACGUCUCGGGGACCCCGAGGACGUGGCCGAUGUCAUCGCGUUCCUGGCGUCCCCCGAGAGCAGCUACAUCACGGGGGCCAGCGUGGAGGUGACAGGGGGUCUCUUCAUGUGACGGAUCCGGCCCCGCCCCGUGUCACCCUCCCCCCAAAUAAACGGGGUGAAGCCCCUCCCCCA